GUUAAUCCUUUAAAAUACUGACAUCUCUUGCUUUGCUCGAGCAGUGUUCCGAAUAAACAAACUUUCAAGUGGAUACGCAUAGUUCAGACUUUUAACAAAAACGAAAAAAAGACGGUUGUUAGCCUAGUGCAAGAAACCUAAAGUGAGACCAGCCCAAUGGAGUCUCUUAAAGGGUCGAUACAAGCAUGCUGCCUUUGAAAAGCACAUCUAUCAUUGAACGUCGUCUGAAUCGUCAUGCCACCACAAUCCUGAUAGGAGGAGUUUUCCUAACUUUAUGUGGACUUCUUUUUCUGGCACUGUGCACAAUGCCAUGUGAUGAUAAAACCUAUGGUCUCUUAAGUAAUGAUUUGUCAAGAUCUCGCAGCAAAGCCUUCUGGCAGCAGCACUUUUUGGCCCCCUCCCGAGAUCUGAAAGCGUUUUUAGUUGUGAUUGUCAUCAGCACUCCAGAAAAACAUGAAGAGCGAGACAGUAUUCGUGAGACCUGGUUGUCACAGCCUCCAUCGAAUGUUCUAUCAAAGUUUGUAAUUGGCACUCACAACUUGAAUGUUGACGUAAGCCAGAGCAUCCAAAGAGAGUACACUACCCAUGGAGAUCUGCUUCUUCUCCAAGAUCUGACAGAUUCCUAUAAAAACUUAACUGCCAAACUAAUCAGAAGUUUACAGUGGGUUGAUCAAAAUGUUGACUACAAAUUCCUAUUGAAGACAGACGAUGAUAGCUUUGUUAAGUUAGGUCUCUUAGUACGCGAACUUCAGCAAAAGUCAGACCAACGAUUAUAUUGGGGAUUUUUUAAUGGCCGGGCACAUGUGAAAAAGUCUGGUAAAUGGGCAGAGCCAGACUGGUUCCUGUGUGAUAGGUAUGUUCCUUAUGCAUUAGGAGGAGGAUAUGUAAUUUCCAGUGACCUGGUGCAUUAUAUUUCCUCUAACACUGAGUACUUGCAGCAGUACCUAAGUGAGGAUGUUUCACUUGGCACAUGGCUUGGGCCUCUCAAAAUAAAUCGUGUGCAUGAUGAGCGGUUUGAUACAGAGUUUGUAUCACGAGGUUGUCAAAACAAUUAUCUCAUCACACAUAAACAGAGUGCAGCAUCUAUGCGAGAUCUUUAUAACAAUUUACAAAUGCUGGGACAUAUGUGCAAGACAGAAACAAUCAAACGAGAGUCUUACAUUUACAACUGGAAUGUUCUGCCAUCUCAGUGCUGUGCUCGCAAUGACAAGAUUUUGCCUUAAUAAGUAAUGAGCUGUAUUUAGAAAGACAUUUGGAUCUGCAGGUGUGAACUAGUUAGGAAGAAUUAUGUCUACAGGUAUGAUAUGAGAUCAGCAUAGUUUUCACAGUAAAAGUUUGGAAGGACCAUAUGUUUGAUGUUCAAUGUUUGAUUUACAUGAUGUUCAUGCCCUUGGAUUUGUUAAACACGACUUAAGAUUUUACCUUUAUCACGAGGCCAUUGACUUAAAAGCCUUCCCGCUGAAAUUUGUAACUGAUGUUAUGGUUGCACACCAUGAUUCCUUUUUGUAUGGAUGUGGGUAUGUUGUAGUCUGUGCAUAUUUGUAUUCUGAUACCAUGAAGUGACAAAGCCUAUGGCCUUAUGUCAACCAGGAUGUUGGUAACUUUGUUGUUGCUAUUUAUUGUUGUCCAAUAGGGAUGCCCCUGGAAAACCCAUGACACUGAAUGCUGUUUAAAUCAUCAUGCCACUAAGUUAGUUUUAAAGAUUGUCAGAUUUGUGGCUUGUGUUAAAUUUUUGGUUGCAUUGCAAGGAUGCCUAUACAAAGCAAAUAAAACUCUGUACUUUAAAUCAAUAUUUAUGCAUGAAGAUUUUAAAAGAACCUCUUUAGGUUUACCAUUUUGUUUUAUGCAAAUUUUUUGGGCGGGAUUAUUAGAUAUUUUUGCUGGGAUGGUACCAGCUGCUGGACAUUUUCAUCUCGGAAUCCUGGAAUCCUGAAGUAAUUAGAAAGUAGUCUAAAUUGUAAUGUCAUAUUUUAUACUUAAAACUGCCAUAAAGGAAAAAAUGAAACGAGUUCUAGAGCUUGAAACCUUAUGCAGAAGAACUAUAAUACAACCAUUUUUGAAGUGAUUGUGUUUGCUAGAUAUCUUUUAUAAAAUCUAAAUAUGGUAAUUGUUUUCAGCCAACUACAGGUUUGCUCACUCCUAUAAGCGUAUGACUAAAUCUUUCCUGCUACUGUUUCCUCUAUAUUUAACUAUUGCGACGUCCAUGAGAGUGAUCAGUUUUAUAUUACAGAAUGCAUAUUGUGUGCUUAUUAUUUUUUAGUCCACUGGCUUGUUACCGGCUACAUAGAAAUCAUCAGCAUUACACUUCAUUCUGAAACUGAUUGAUUGGGGUAUGGAUCUUUUAUUGUAUGGUUUAAUGGCAAUAAAUAUUUGCUUCUGGCUGGUUGCAGGUGAAAUUACGACUGAAAAGAGUAAACAAUUGAUUUGAACACAAGGUUUACAGCUUUGCUCUUUUAAUUAAAAUAUAAGCACUUAAAAAAGUCAAUAUAACUCUUUCUGAACCCGAGAUGUGCCUGUCACGUAUUUGUUUCAUCCAACCAUUUUAAUAAUAAUCAUCACACUAAAGACUUCUCCUAGUUUACUUUUUAUUCCAUACAUCGACAAUUUACAAAUUAUAGUACAUAUAUGAAACUGUAUUAUUAAUGUGACGUCUCUGCACAUGUAAGCUACAUAAAGGGGAAUAAAUAAACAUUUAAGGUAGAAGAUAUGACAGA